AUGAAAAGUGUGAUGGUGACAGCUUCUAAUAAUAUACUUGUUUAUCGAGUGGCAUAUUUUUCUAUAUUUAUAUUGUCUUUUAUUGUUUUUGUCCAAGCCGAAAAGCAUUUAAAUGCCAAUGGACCAUUUGGAAAACGUCAUGAAUUUCACAAUGAACCAAGUCCAUAUGCCUGUAAUAGAGGAGCAGGCAUUUAUUCUUCAAUUUUUCGUCGACGAAAUAAAGUUGUACAAGAUUUACAAGUAUCUAAAACAGUUUAUAUGAGCAGUGAACAAAUUCAAGUAACAUGGACACCAAUAUCAGCAUCAUGUAAAGAUGAUUUUAUUGGUAUUUAUUAUAUUGAAAUUUCUCUUAUUGCAGCUUGUGAUUAUUUUGAUUAUGAAUUUGUUCAAUAUAAGCAAAGUAAUAUGUCCUGGCAAAUGACAAAUCUUCGUCGUCCAUUAGAAUUUCGUUAUUAUUCACGUGAUCAUAGUUGUUCAGGCAAUUAUUCUCUUAUUGCUAAAUCUCCUAUUAUUCAACCAGUUAAUUAUAAUGAACCAACACAAAUUCAUUUAGCUUAUGGUGAUAGAAUUGAUCAAAUGUAUGUUUCAUAUUUAACUAAUUCAUCAGAAUAUAUUCCUCAAUGUCAAUAUGGUUUAACUUCAUCAUCUUUAAAUUAUCAUAAAAAUGGAACAACAAUAACAUAUACAGCAUCCGAUAUGUGUGAAGGAAAAGCUAAUCAAUGGGGUCCACAAGCUUUUAUUGAUCCAGGAUAUAUGCAUACAAUUUUAUUAGAAGAUCUAAAUCCAUCAACAAUGUAUUUUUAUC